ACCCCCUUGCCUCUAUCUGGGCAUUAUAUAAAGCUCAGCACGUACUCAGUCGUCUUCAGUCUCCGAAGUAUACGGACAUCAAUCGUUCACUAUGAAUAGACUGAUAUUUGCCUCUUUGCUGUUCUAUGCAGCAUAUCAAACUGGUGAAUGCAUUACAGGAGGAAGUGAGGCUGGUGCUCACUCUCGUCCGUACAUGGCUUCACUUCAGUGGAAUGGAAAACAUGAGUGCGGUGGCUUUCUGAUCUCCAGUCAGUGGGUCAUGAGUGCAGCACACUGCUUUCAGGACGGGAGGUCGUCCGGUGUUAAGGUUGUGUUGGGUGCUCACUCCCUGUCUGCUGCUGAGGACACUAAACAGACAUUUGAUGUUGAUGCCGUCUACAGCCAUCCUGAUUUCACUAUAAGCAACUAUGACAAUGAUAUUGCCCUGCUCAAGCUGGAAAAGCCAAUCACUGAGAGUUAUGCAGUGAAACCAGUGAAAUUCCAACGUGAUGAAGAGGCUGAUCCCAAGGAGACUGCUGUCGUGGAAACGGCUGGAUGGGGCUCUUUGAACAACCUGGGAGGACGACCGGACAAAUUGCAAGAGCUCAGUAUCACGGUCAUGAUGCGACGUCUUUGUGGUCGCGGUGACCACUAUGGAACGAAGUUCACCAGCAACAUGCUCUGUGCUGCAGAAAGACGAAAGGACACCUGUGAUGGUGACUCCGGAGGUCCUCUCAUAUACAAGGGCAUUGUUGUGGGGAUAACCUCUAAUGGAGGGAAGAAAUGUGGCUCCACCAAAAGGCCUGGACUCUACACGAUCAUCUCCCAUUACACUAGUUGGAUUGACAGUACAACCACCCAGUAAAAAAAGCUGUGGAAUCCUUUGCAUUAUAUAGCCACAUUUUUUCAUAAGUCCUGUACAUCUCAUGUAUUGCUAUAAUAAAAUAAAAAAAUCUACACCUUCCUGAA